UAAGGUAACACACGGUGUUGCCUUGAAAAAAUGUUUGUUUACAUAAUUUAAUCAUCAAGUUUGACUGUAUAAAUUAAAUUUUAUUUAAAUUUACAUUAAAACCCGGACCUAUGGCUAACUGUUAGCGUUAGCUAACAAGCUAAGAGCACUCAGACGGUGACAACUGGCCAGUAAAGAUAAACGUUUUCAACCUUGGCUUUUGAUCGCAGUAUCACUGAGUAAGUGUCCAAAGCUCAAACCACGGGCAGAUAUGUGUUUCUUCUUGCUGUCAAAUUACAGCAAAACAACUCUGAGGAUUUAAGCUAGUUUGUAGUCGAUAUCCGGCAGCUCGUCUUUAACCAUGUGGAAAAACACGAGCAGCUAUAAACUGAUGUUUUCCGAGCUGAAGCUAUGGACUUUAGGAAAAAAUAGAUGGACAAGUCGACUUCUUGAAGGCUUUGGUGGAUGUGGAAAAGCAUAUUUGUCUUCUAGUUAUCCAAAGGUGUGUAUUGUUGGAAGCGGUCCAGCAGGUUUCUACACUGCACAGCAUCUUAUCAAGGCUCGCCAAGAUGUUGAGGUCGACAUCUACGAGCGGCUUCCUGUCCCCUUUGGCCUCGUCCGGUUCGGAGUGGCCCCUGAUCAUCCUGAAGUCAAGAACGUCAUCAAUACGUUCACACAAACAGCGAAACAUUCACGCUGUAGUUUUUACGGCAACGUGAACGUUGGGACGGACGUGAGUGUCAGCGAGCUGCAGGAAGCCUACCACGCCAUCAUACUGAGUUAUGGGGCAGAGGGAAACAGGAGUAUGGGAGUGCCAGGCGAGGACUUGGCUGGCGUGUACUCUGCCAAAGACUUCGUAGGCUGGUACAACGGGCUGCCAAGCUGUCAACAGCUGAGUCCAGACCUGAGCUGUGAAACAGCCGUCAUCCUCGGACAAGGCAACGUGGCCUUGGAUGUAGCAAGAAUCCUGCUUUCUCCCUGUGAUAUUCUUAAAAAAACCGACAUCACCCAGCCGGCUCUGGAAGCGCUGGCAGAAAGUCGGGUCCGCCGGGUGCUGGUUGUUGGCAGGAGGGGGCCCAUGCAGGUGGCGUGCACCAUCAAGGAGCUCAGAGAGAUGGUGAACCUGCCAGGCACCCGUCCUGAGAUGGUGGCAGCUGAUUUUAAAGAAGUCACAGAAGCUCUUAAAGAUUUGCCGAGGCCGAGGAAGCGUCUGACAGAGCUGAUGCUUAAGACGGCUUUGGAGGUCCCUGGAGAGAUGGAGCAGGAGAGACGGAAAAACGCCUCCCGCGUCUGGGGUUUCCGAUUCUUCCGGAGCCCCAUUGAAGUGUUGGCUGAUCCCAGUGGCCACAAAAUAGCUGGCAUCCGACUGGCAGUCAACACGCUGGAGGGUUCAAGAGAAGGAGCCCGGGCUGUGCUUACUGGAGAAGUGGAGGAUGUUGCCUGCGGUCUGGUCAUCAGCAGUAUUGGCUACAAGAGCCUCCCCAUCGACCCAUCGGUGCCUUUUGACUCCCACAAAGCCAUCGUACCGAACUCUAUGGGUCGUGUUCAACAAGCUGCAGGUUUGUAUUGCAGUGGCUGGCUGAAAACAGGCCCCACAGGUGUCAUAGCCACCACCAUGAACAACAGCUUUGACACGGCACGAUCGCUGCUGGAGGACAUGGACUCAGGAACACUGGAUGUGACUGCAGCCAAGCCUGGUUCACACAGCAUCAGAACCCUGCUGGAAAAGAGAGGAGUGAAACCAGUGACUUUUUCAGACUGGGAGAAAAUCGACCGUUUGGAGACGACGAGAGGGGAAGCUCGUGGAAAACCAAGGGAAAAACUUCUGACCGUGGCGGAAAUGCUGAAAUCAGCUCGAACAUGACUAAAGAAAACAACUAAGUAGUGUAAAACAGAAAGUACUUGUUACAUUAUCACUGGGGACCAUAUUGAAAACAAGGGAUGCAACAGAAAUGAUAUAAAGAGCUUAACAUGGAUUUAAUUCAUAGUUAAAAACUACUCAUGACUUUGUCUUGAGUUAUCCAGUUUUUAUUUUGAUAAGCAUUAUCACAGAGAUGUAACUGCGAUACAACGUGUGGAGAUCAGAAAGAUAAACAGGGUAGCAGAGCCACAUUUCAAGAGGAGCCAGCUCCACCUGAAUGUAAUACCGCGGUUUACCACUUAAUUCUGUCCUGCUGGUUUGUAGGAUUAUCUCAGCUCCUCAUCGGAUUACUGCUGUCAAAAUGACUAAUUUAGCUACAGUAUUCAUUCAGACUCAGACAUGCCUACAGAAAUACCUCAAAGAUUCAGAUUCCCAAAGGUGCAUAGGAAGGUUAUGACUGGACAACACACUCAGUCAUGGAAAGAAAUUUUAAUUUUAGAGUUUGAGCCCCGGUGUAUGUGCCUUCAUAUUAAAGUCAGUUCCUUGUCAUUGUCUUGUAUUUACCAUCACAAGCAACAAUUAUGAGCAGACACUGGUAGAUAAACCCCAAAGAAAGCUACUUCAGAGACUACACUGAGCACAGCUUGUUGGUGAUGCUGUUCUGUCCUGAAUCAUGACCUUUGAGUACCUUUGCAUCAGUCAAAAGCACUGAAAGGCUGGCAGGAUGCUUCCUGUUGCACUUAACUCCAAUUUUAAACUUUUAAUGAAGAAUCUAAGCUGUAUUUGUAUCAGGUUAUCUAAAAUGUUUUUACAUUUCUUUGUAAUAAAUAAAACAUGACAAACA